CUUCUGCGGUUGAAUUUGCUUGCCACUCAACUUCUAUGGAUUGCGACUGCACCUAGGGUUGGAUCAAGGGUGUUGGUCACUUUAAAUUUACAGGCCUUGUGGACCAAAGAAAAUUAAUGGGCCUCAGAGCCAAAAUAGCGGUCUCACUCUGAGAAAUAAGCCACGAUUAAGCUUAAAGCCUUCACACUGCUCAAUUCAAAUCAUGCUGAAGGGUGCUUCCUCUCUUCCCCGCCUCCCUCUCCCAAGAAGAAUUUUUUUGAGCAAAAUGAGCACGACAGCAGCAACGCCAUUAUGUCCGAAAUUUAUUCCAGUGGAACAUAGUGAAAUUACUUCAAUAAGUAAACCUGAUGGCUUGAAAUUCCGUCUUGUUUCAUACAACAUUUUGGCACAGGCAUAUGCAAAGAGUGAGCAAUUUCCACACUCUCCUCCACCUUGUCGCAAGUGGAAAACUCGUUCCCAGGCAAUUUUGACUCUUAUCAAGAGCCUCAGGGCAGAUUUUCUUUGCUUGCAGGAAGUGGAUGAGUAUGAUAGCUUUUACAAAGGAAAUAUGGAGAGCCAUGGCUAUGCAAGUAUCUAUAUUCAGAGAAGCGGGAAGAAGCCUGAUGGUUGUGGGAUAUUUUAUAAGCACAACAUAGCAGAGCUGGUUGUAGAGGAGAAAAUAGAAUACAAUGAUCUUGUAAACUCAAUCCAAGAUGGAACAGCUAUGCAUGCAGACAAAGAUAACGAUACUCUAGCUAGUGUAAAUAAAGAUACUGAACCGAACAAGGGUUUACCGCAGAAAGACACUGAUGGGCAUCGUGGAGAUCCCAAUGAUCCUUGUGUAAGAUUAAAACGUGAUUGUGUUGGUAUCAUGGCUGCCUUUAAACUUAAGGAUCCUUCUGAUCAUGUAGUUAUUGUGGCAAACACGCACCUUUAUUGGGAUCCAAAUUGGGCAGAUGUAAAGCUUGCACAGGCCAAAUACCUUAUUUCACGCUUAGCUCAAUUCAAAACACUAGUAUCUGACAAAUUUGAAUGUAUUCCUUCUGUAAUUGUGGCUGGUGACUUCAAUUCGACCCCCGGAGAUAAGGUAUAUCAAUACCUAGUUUCAGGCAGCUCUUCAAUGGGGGGAUCACCGGAAUGUUUUGAAGAUGUACCUAUUCCCUUAUGCAGUGUCUAUGCAUUGACAAGGGGAGAACCACCAUUCACUAACUACACCCCCGGUUUCACCGGUACUCUCGAUUACAUAUUCUUUUCUCCAUCUGGUGAUAAUAUCAAACCAGUCAGCUUCCUUGAACUUUCAGAACCAGAAUCCCCUGAUGUUCUUGGUGGAUUGCCAAAUUAUCAUCACCCAAGUGAUCAUUUGCCAAUUGGUGCUGAAUUUGAAGUUGUCUGAAAUUAAAAUGUCAGUACCUCUCUCUCUCUCUCUCUCAUAGUAAUGUUGAAAUUUUAAUUGAGGAAUGCUACUUUUUUUUUUUUUUUUUGGGAUAGAUAUAUCAUUCAUUUUAUUAUUUAUAUUAGAUGAUUGUGACCUAAUCUUGAGUGAUUUGAUAAAACAGAAUAAGUUGCCACAUUGACCAAGCUGUUGUUGAGGAUAAAUAUACAGUUCCAUCGGAACACAUUCUUUCACAAAGCUCUGUAAACUUCUUUGAACUAUGAGGUUGAUUAAUGGAUUUGAUUUGUGUUCAUACA